CAUUUAGAAACACUGUUUUGCUUCCUGUUAGGAUUCUCAACAGAGUCGAAGGACAGAAGCUAACAAGUUGUAGCAGCUUUUGGUCAACAAAUGUUAAUGUAGCAUAAAUACUGAUCAACAAUAAUGAUUCCAUACACUGUCAACAUCAAACUCGCGGCUCGGACGUUGACUGGCACUCUUAAUUUGCAGAAUAAAACCGCUGUAGAUUGGGGAUGGCAGGGGCUGAUAGCUCAGGGAUGUCACUCCAGUAUUCUCAUCAUCGAUCCAAAGACGUCUCAGACUAUCCAGGUGUUGGAGAGGCACAAAGCUAAUGUGGUCAAGGUGAAAUGGUCCAGGGAAAACUACUACCACAAUGUGAGCUCUCCCUACUGUCUGCGGCUGGCUUCUGGAGAUGCCUCAGGGAAGAUCAUAGUGUGGGAUGUGGUCAGCGGCACUGUCCAUUGUGAGAUCCAGGAGCACUCCAAACCUAUUCAGGACAUGGAGUGGUUAUGGAAUCAGGAUGCGUCUCGUGAUCUGCUGUUAGCCAUCCACCCUCCCAACUACAUCGUUCUGUGGAACGGAGACACAGGCACCAAGCUGUGGAAGAAGAGCUAUGCUGAGAACAUCCUCUCCUUUUCUUUUGACCCCUUUGACCCCUCCAACAUGGCAUUGCUGACCAGUGAAGGAAUAGUCUUUAUCACAGACUUUUCCCACUCCAAACCACCGGGCAGCGCUGGCAAAAAGGUCUACAUCGCCAGCCCCCAUGCAAGCCCCGCCCACACCAAGCCUGCCCCCGCCGCUGCCCCGGUCCCUACUGGCGCCAAGAAGGCCCUCAACAAGGUCAAAGUGCUCAUCACCAAUGAAAAACCCACUGCGGAGGCGGUGACGUUGAACGACUGUCUGCAGCUGUCCUACCUGCCAUCCAAGAGGAACCACAUGCUGCUGCUUUAUCCCAGAGAGAUCCUCAUCCUGGACCUGGAGCUCAGCCAGACGGUGGGUGUGGUGGCCAUCGAGCGCUCCGGGGUGCCCUUCAUUCAGGUGAUUCCCUGCGCUCAGCGGGACGCUCUCUACUGUCUCCAUGAGAACGGGUGUAUCACCCUCCGAGUUUGUCGCACCACUACCACUCCAGAGGAAGCAGCAGACCCCGAGCAGAAUGUCUACGAGCUCAUGUACGACCUGCGUUCUCAGUGCGAUGCCAUCCGAAUCACCAAGACAGUGCGGCCAUAUCGCAUGGUUAUCUGCCCCGUCAACGAAAACAGCGCUGCGCUUAUGGUCAGCGACGGCAGAGCCAUGCUGUGGGAGCUCAAAGCCCACGCCAGCAAGGCUGUCAGCAAUCCAAGUUCGGGUCUUUCUCCGCUCUACACCCCCUUAUCAUUUUGUGGAUCUCCACUGGGUCCAAACCAGAAAAGGAUUCAGGAUCUCUCUCUCAACAGCAUGAUCGGUCAGACCUUGAUGGCUGGUGAGGCUCCUCCUCCAUCAUCCAACCAGCAAGAUAUCCAGUUAAAGUUCCUGCUGACUGGCCUCCUGUCUGGUCUGCCGCUGCCACCAUUUGCCCUUCGCAUGUGUCCACCUCUUACUACCAAAAACAUCAACCACUACCAACCCCUGCUGGCUGUAGGCACCAGUAAUGGGUCUGUACUGGUCUAUAACCUGACCAGUGGUCUUCUCCACAAAGAUCUCAGUGUCCACUCUUGUGAAGUCAGGGGGAUUGAAUGGGUGAGUCUUACCAGUUUCCUAUCUUUUGCCACUUCUGCUCCCAACAACAUGGGCCUGGUGCGAAAUGAACUGCAGCAUGUCAACCUGCCUACUGGCAGAUGCUUUGCAUUCAGAGGCGAGCGAGGAAACGAUGAGCCACCCAUUGAGAUGAUUAAAGUGUCUCAUCUCAAACAGUACCUGGUUGUGGUGUUCAGAGACAAACCCCUGGAGCUGUGGGACACCAGGACGGGGACGCUUCUCCGGGAGAUGGCGAAGAACUUCCCCACUGUUACUGCAUUGGAGUGGUCCCCGUCCCACAACCUGAAGAGUCUGAAGAAGAAGCAGAUGGCAGCGAGGGAGGCCAUAGCUCGGCAGACGGUGUCAGACGCCGAGCAGACUAGCGUUGAAUCCUCAGUCAUCAGUCUCCUACAGGAUGCAGAGAGCAAGUCAGAGACCAGCCAGGCCAUCUCAGCCAGGGAGCAUUUUGUAUUCACUGACACUGACGGGCAGGUCUACCACAUCACCGUAGAGGGCAACACAGUCAAAGAUGGCGCACGAAUUCCACCUGAUGGCAGUAUGGGCAGUAUCGCCUGCAUUGCCUGGAAAGGCGACACCCUGGUGCUCGGGGACGUUGACGGCAAUCUCAACUUCUGGGACCUCAAAGCUCGUUUGUCCAGGGGAAUACCAACACAUCGUGGCUGGGUGAAGAAGAUCCGCUUUGCCCCGGGCAAGGGCAACCAAAAGCUGCUGGUCAUGUACACAGAUGGAGCCGAGGUCUGGGACACCAAAGAGGUCCAAAUGGUGAGCAGCAUGCGGAUCGGGCGCAACGUGAACUACCGCAUCCUAGACAUUGACUGGUGCACGUCAGACAAGGUUGUGCUGGCCUCUGACGACGGCUGUGUCCGAGUGCUGGAAAUGGCAAUGAAGUCCGCCAGCUACCGCAUGGAUGAACAAGACCUGACUGAUCCAGUGUGGUGUCCUUACCUGCUGGUGCCCCGAGCGGCCCUCACUCUCAAGGCUUUCCUCCUGCUGCAGCCCUGGUCAGGAACCUUUACCAUGGACAUCACCCAAGUAGACUACAAUGAGAAAGACGAGAUAAAAGGCCUGAUCCAGGAGCAGCUCAACUCCUUGUCUAACGAUAUGAAGAGUGUGCUGCAGGACCCGGAGCUCAGCCUGCUGCAGCGCUGCCUCCUGGUCUCACGGCUGUUCGGGGAUGAGUCGGACCUUCACUUCUGGACAGUGGCGUCCCACUACCUCCAGUCGUUUGCCCAGGCUCGUCAGCUAGGUGUGUCCACUGCAGAGGGUCAGGCCAAAAGUGAAGGAACCCAGACGUCGCCUCCGAACCACCUGGACAUCUGCCACGACGUUCUGUGUGAGAGCUCUUACUUCCAGAAGUUCCAGUUGGAUCGAGUUCACCUGCAGGAGGUGAAGCGCUCCAGUUAUGACCACACUAAGAAAUGUGCUGACCAGCUCCUCCUGCUGGGUCAGACGGACCGAGCGGUGCAGUUACUGUUGGAGACGAGCGCAGACAACUCCAGCUACUACUGUGAUUCACUCAAGGCCUGCCUAGUGACCACCAUCACCUCUUCAGGCCCCUCACAGUCCACCAUCAAACUAGUGGCCACUAACAUGAUUGCCAACGGCAAGCUAGCAGAGGGAGUACAGCUGCUGUGUUUGAUUGACAAGGCAGCGGAUGCUUGCCGCUACUUGCAGACCUACGGGGAGUGGAACCGGGCCGCCUGGCUGGCUAAGGUGCGUCUGAACCCAGCGGAGAGCUCCGAUGUGCUGAAGCGCUGGGCGGAGCACCUGUGCUCCCCGCAGGUCAACCAGAAGUCCAAAGCCAUCAUGGUGCUGCUUUCCCUGGGAUGUUUUUACAAAGUAGGAGAGAUGCUACAAAGUAUGAGGCACUUUGAUCGCGCCGCCCUCUUCAUUGAAGCCUGUCUGAAGUACGGGGUGAUGGAGGCCAACGACUCUUCCAAUAAACUUAUCAAAUCUGUAUUUUUGGAGUAUGCACGGAUGCUGCGCUCACUGGGCCUGCGAGAGGGCGCUGCUCUGUGGGCAUCACGGGCCGGCAGCGCUGGGGAGCAGCUGAUGGAGGAGCUGUUCCAGGGAGAGGGAAGCGUGCCAGAAGCCAUUCCUGGCGAAGAGGGAGUCGAGCUGAGCCAGAAUAGCACCGAGUGACCCCGGAAAGACGGGAGGUUUGGAAGAGAACGGUUGACAUACUCUUUGGUACAAAUCAAGGGGCGGCCAUUCGUUCUAACUUCAAUAACGUGACCGUUGUGUAUUAACUGUGUCGGCAUCACGGGGGAAUCAUGAUCAUCAUCUCCACGUCAUGAGAAGAGAGGAGAUAUGAGGAGAUUUCUCCAUGUGAAGUUGCCAGUCCGUCACUGAAGUCUGUGUCUGUAGCGAGUUUGACUUUUCUUAAUGGUUGGUAUGACCAGUGUGUGUUUGUGCACAUAUGUGUAUGCAUGCAACAUCCCCAAAAGAAAACACACUGAUUCCCCCCCUCCAACAAGUGAAGUUGACAUAGUUGAUAACAGUCUGUGUUUUUGUUGAUUAAUGAAUUUAACUCAUGAGAUUUUUUUUUAAUGGUUGCUUGUUAAGCUUUAUUUUGUGUGCCUGUAAUAAUAACUUCAAAGUAUUGCUGUAGCUCUACAGGUUUAAUUAGCCUUUUUGCUGCUGAGAUUAAAUGUGGCAGAAUGCAUUUAUCCCAAAAUAAUGUUCCCUAUUUCACUAUUAAUCCACGUCUACUUAAUGACUGAAUUCCAAAAUGAUUUUUGUUGCACUCUUGAUUUAACCAAAAACACUGCAUCAUUUGGAUGAUACCUUUUUUUUUUACCCUCCUUGUAACAGAGACAAGAGACAAUAUUGCUCUAGACAGACACAUAACAGACUGACCGUUGUGUACAUACGCAGCAGGUGGUGCUGUGUAAUUGACUCACCAAAAGCCUGCUGCUGCGCCAGCCUCUGCAGCUGUAACUGUCGGAUGGCAGUAAAAUUAGCCAGGUCACUCUGCGCUUAUUAGAUACGUAUUAGUAUAUUAUCUCAUCUCCCAGAGCACAGAAGGGAGAGGAAUCUGACUGCUGCCACCCGAGUGACGCCAUUUAAUUAGCUUGUGCAGAGUCCAGUUGAAUAUAUGCUGGGUAAUCCAUUCCAUCCAAAUGGAAUUUUUAAUUUUCUACUUUUAGGAAGACUUGAGAGGAUAGUUUUCUCUCUGUAUUCUUUGAUCUUUGUAUAAUGAGGUUGUUGUCUGGUGUGUGCGUAUUACAAUAAGAGCUGUCAAAAUGUGUUGCAACUCUUUAGGAUCAUUUACACACAAACAAAUAAUCUGUGCUGCUCCCACUGUUGCCCAUCACGAUCACAAAGCCCGACACACAGUUUAGCAAACGGCUUAGACUUGCUGCCACAUCUCCUCCGCUCUGCUUUUGCCUCAUGUUGUCAUAGUGAGCUAUCUACUGAUCAUCAGAAUCAUCUGCAUGACAAUGCAAAGACUUUAGUGAUUGUGUGUUUAAUUCCCUUGUAACGUGUUUAGUGGUCCUGAAACGAGACCGUAACUCCAUCCACAGGACCUUUUUAAGUGUGUUAUUGUGUUUCAUAAACACGUCAGUGCUGUUUCUCUUGUGUAACAGUUAACCCCUAGGCAGUGUCACUAUGGCAACCCAGGCCUAUUUCAGUGGGGGGGGACUACAUGUUCCUGUAGAUCCAUUUCACAUAGCUCCACCAACAUACUGUAGGAUCUUAUAUAGAGAGCCAGCUUAGAGUCCCACAACCCAGCAGAUAAUCAGCCGUAGUUCACCUGGUGCUGUGUAUCUUCCACCAAUCAUGUCAUGCAGUGUUGUGAAAGCAACAUGUAUCGCACUGCCUCUUAUGAUUAGGCACUAGUGUGAUUAACACUCGCUGCUUUAAUUAGAUCAACAAAAGAAAAGUUGAGCCUUUUUUUCAUUGUUCUGUGUUCAUUGUUUGUACAUUGAUCCUAAUGCUUUAUUCUAUAUAAAUAUUACAAGAAAAAAAAAUAAGAUAUAUGUAUAUAUUGAUGGCAAUAAAAUCAAUGUUAUUAACUUUA